GAAUUUCACUCUUCUGUCUUGUCAAUGACACACUGCUAAGUUUGCAGUUAGCACUUCCUGUGAAGGCCUGAAUGUUAUAAAGUGCGAAGCUUGCAGUGUGUGUUCUUUCGGGUGUGUUCAUUCUGAUCAGACACGGUGCAGCAGUUGGUCAGUGUGUGUUUAGCUCUAAUUCUCUCUUUGGAUUAAUGUGUGGGUUUGGGUCCUCAGUGAGAAUGCAGGUGUGUUUUCUUCUCCUCCUUAUACAGCUUCAUGUCACUGAAGGCUGCAGGCUGGAAGGAAACAGUGACCUAAAACCCAUCACUGCAUACACAGGAGGCUCAGUACUGCUGCCCUGCUCCUGCACUGACCUCCACACCAAACCUGACACCUUCACAUGGAGGAAAUACACAAAUGGUUGGGUAGAGAUAUCUCCUGAGAGUGAGCAGUACAAAGACAUAUUUCAGCUGGUUAAUGAUCACUCUUCAGGAAAUCUCUCUCUGCUCAUAUCACACCUGACUGAAGAGGAUGGAGGAGAUUACAUGUGUAGUCUUAAAGAGAGUGAAUACAGAUAUUUCAGACUCACUGUUAAAGGUUGCACACGGAAUCGUCAGACAGUGACUGUGACUGGAUACGUGGGACAGUCUGUCCUUCUGCCCUGCUCCUGCUCUGAACUACAAGCCAAACCACACACUUUCACAUGGAUCUUUUUUAAAGGGUCUGAUCCCAAAGAAAUCUUCCCAAAGGACCAAACAAAUCACUACACACACAGAGUUCAGCUCUUUAAUGAUCAUCUUCCAGGAAAUCUCUCUCUGCUCAUAUCACACCUGACUGUAGAGGAUGGAGGAUGGUACAGGUGUGAGACCAGCAACACUAUCGAUGCAAACGUUCAGCUCAUAAUAAAAGACGCACCAACAAGACCCUCAACAUCCACACCAAUGAUCCAGACAAAUUCCAAACAAGUGGUCAGGGACAAAACGAAUCCAGAUCCAACUGAAAAAGAUCCUAUUGACAUCGGCAUCAUCAUCAGCUCUGGUGUCGUUGGGGUUCUGCUGCUGCUGCUGCUAUUCGGAGGAGUCAUGUACUGGAAACGCAGAGGACAGAGAGGAGGACAGACCGAGAUCGGUGAUGGACAAACAGGACAGAGGACACAGCAGCAGGAUUUUACCGAACCUCUGAACAUAACCGUAACCUCAGAACCCACUUAUGAAGCAGUGCACACACAGAAUGAUCCUGAAGUUCUGUAUGCAGCUAUAAAUACACAAACUAAACACAAGAAAGCAGAAGAAAAGGAUGAUGUGAUGUACUCGACUGUAGUCCACAGUAACACUGUGAGCGCAGCACACACUCCAGUGGCAUCAGGAGAUACUACAGUAUAUGCCAGCAUCAAAACUAACUAACUAACACACACACACACACACACACGUCUACAAUCUAACUUUUAAAAUAUAUAUAUAUAUUUUUUACCAAUUUUUUUUUUGAUUAUUUUGUACUCAUAUUAAUUCACUGUGAAUAAUAAUAAUAAUAAUAAUAAUAAUAAUAAUAAUAAUAUAUACUGUAAAUGCCUCAAGCAAUGAUUACUCUCAUUUAUUGUGCUUUUUAACCUUUUCAUAUUUAGAUUUAAACUGUUUUUUGUAACAUUUUGCAUUAUCUUUAGAGCUUUAAAGCAGCAGUUUGUAUUUUUUUUUUUUUAAAAAACCCUCUUCAAUCUAUUCAUUGUUCAAUUGUGUCUUCCUUGACCCCUAUGUGACUUGAACCUCUCCGUUGAAACAGUAUAUGCACCAUGGGUUGCCUUUAAAAAAAAAAAGCGUAAUGUUCAUAAUGUUAAGUGUCAGUGUUCAAGGUUGAGCUAAUUUCUGGGCUGUAAACAUGUAAACAGAAACCUGAAGCUGUGGCUCUAAGCUCUAAUUCCAUGGCAGUACUGUGACUCGCAGUUGUUAUAAAGUAUCUUUGAAAUAAUAUGAAUAUUUUAGGUCUGUAAACACCUUUAAGCACAUAGCUUUCAAUAAAUUAGACUUAAUUGUG